GGCUGGGUAUAGACGUCUGCACUGGGCAGAAAAACACUGGUGUACUUGUUAGACUGCACUUCGUUGGUCUGAAGCAUCAAGAUGAAGGUGAUCCUUUCUACUUGUAUUUUCCUACUGGGUUUGAGCUACGUCGCCAACCAGCCCGGACCUGAUACAGUAAUAGCAAAGCAUAGCUUUGGGCCGAUAACGUUCAUAGCCCAGGCCCCUGGCCCUGCCGGUCCUGCUGGACCACCAGGUACUCCCGCGCAUGUCAACUGGAAGCAAUGCGCGUGGAAGAAUUUAAACGACGGCAAAGACAGCGGGCUUAUCAAGGAAUGCGUUUUCAACAAGUUAAACGACAGUACGUCUCUACGUGUCGCGUUCGAUGGUGAAUUUCGUGUCGCUUUCUGUCAGCAAUGCUGCCGACGGUGGUACAUUACCUUCAACCAAAACGAGUGCUCGAACCCAGUCCCCAUAGACGCAGUGCAACACCCGUCCAUAGUCGUCGCCAACUUCAACCUCCAUGAGCAUCGACACUUUGGAGGCUACUGUGAGGGGAUCCCUCGGGGGCAAGUUCGUGUGGGAUUGUGGGUAGGGCAAUGUGUUGGUACGAAUAUGGGGAAUGCGGAUGCCUCUACUGGGUGGAUGUCAUCAACGAGGAUCAUCGUGGAAGAAGUCCCAGCUCCACAAGCUUAAAAACAAUUAGGUCAGACAUCUAAUUCCUUGAGAGAAUAUGCUAGGGGAAUAAGCCCGGAUUUCUAAGUUAGGGAAUAUAUUUAGCGAAAGGGCGGGAUUUUUAAGCUUCGUAAUACCUCCCAUAAUUCCAUAUUGAAAUCGCCAAUAGCCAAACUAACACCAACAGCCUAAAACGAGACCGUAUUGUUGUUAGUGGGAUCGGAAAAAUAUUAUGUUUGUACUGCUUAAUAACCGAUUGUCAAUAUAUCAAUAUUUUGUGCAAUUUCUAUAUUAUAAAAUAAAAGAUAAUCAUAGUGAUAAUAAAUAAAAUUCAUAAAUAAUGUCGAUAUGGUUUAAAUCAUCAAAGCACGGUUGCCUUCUCAAAAGGUUCCUCAAA